GGCUAGAGGAGAGUUGUUGCUGAACGCUACUGAGGGGAUGCGGCUCUGAAGGCGUCUACACACAUUGUCGGAGUUGUUGCUCUCCUCUAGGAUUUUUUGUUGUUGUGUGCGUCUGUGUGUCUCCCUUCAUCCCUGCGUGGGUCACUGCUGUCACUGCUCCACUCCCUCGGCAGGGACACGGCAACUGUGCCUUGACUUCACAGGCCCACGAGGUGCCCCUCUGUGCUGCCAACACACAUGACAAAGAGGCUGUUUUUUUGUGUUUUUUUUUACUCUCUGUGGUCGGAAACCAGCAGGAGCCAACCUCAGUAACUGACCCGCUCGCUGGGUCUCGCAGAGGAGGAUGGAGACGAGCCCCAUCCCGGUGGUGACGGUCCAAACCGCCCCCUUCGACGACCAGCGGCCCGGCACCAACGGGCUGCGGAGGAAGACGGCGGUGUUCGAGGGGAAGAAGAACUACCUGCAGAACUACAUCCAAAGCGUGCUGUCCUCCAUCGACCUGCGGGACCGCCAGGGCUGCACCAUGGUGGUGGGCAGCGACGGCCGCUACUUCAGCCCAGCUGCCACCGAGGUGAUAGUGCAGAUGGCAGCUGCCAAUGGGAUCGGCCGACUGGUGAUCGGUCACAACGGCCUCCUGUCCACCCCUGCUGUUUCCUGCAUCAUCAGGAAGAUCAAGGCCAUUGGUGGGAUCAUCCUCACAGCGAGUCACAACCCCGGAGGCCCCGCUGGAGACUUCGGAAUCAAGUUCAACGUGGCGAAUGGAGGCCCGUCUUCGGACACAGUGAUGGAGAGGAUCUACCACGUGAGCCGGAAGCUUGAGGAGUAUGCAAUCUGCCCCGAUCUCCGUGUUGACCUGUCCAGGCUGGGAAGGCAAGAAUUUGACCUGGAGAACAAGUUCAAACCUUUCAGAGUGGAGAUCGUGGACUCAGUUGAGGUGUAUCUACAGCUGCUGAGAAACAUCUUUGACUUCAGUGCCAUUAAAAGUCUUCUCACAGGACCAGAUCAGCUCAAGAUACACAUAGAUGCCAUGAACGGAGUGAUGGGCCCCUAUGUACGCAGGAUCCUGUGUGAUGAGUUGGGAGCUCCCGCUAACUCCGCUGUCAACAGUGUCCCCCUGGAGGACUUUGGUGGUCAACCUCCAGAGCCCAACCUGACUUAUGCCACCUCUCUGGUCGACGCCAUGAAAGGAGGCGACUUUGGCUUUGGAGCUGCAUUUGAUGCAGAUGGGGACCGGUACAUGAUCCUCGGGGAAAACGGCUUCUUUGUGAACCCGGCAGACUCGUUGGCCGUCAUGGCCGCCAACCUCUCCACCGUCCCCUACUUCAGGCAGCUGGGAGUCAAGGGCUUUGCCAGGAGUAUGGCCACCAGCACGGCCCUCGACAGGGUUGCCAAAGCCAUGAAACUGGCGCUGUAUGAGACUCCCACGGGCUGGAGGUACUUCGGGAACCUGAUGGAUUCUGGGCGUUGUUCCCUCUGCGGGGAGGAGAGCUUUGGGACAGGUUCAGACCACAUUCGUGAGAAAGAUGGUCUGUGGUCGGUGUUGGUGUGGUUGUCCAUCAUAGCCGCCAGGAAACAGGGCGUGGAGCAGAUCGUCAGAGAACACUGGGCCAAGUUUGGACGUAACUACUUCUGCAGGUUUGAUUACGAAGGCCUGGACCCGCGCGCAGCCUUUUACCUGAUGAGGGAUCUGGAGUCGGUCAUCUCAGACAAAGCAUUCACCAGCCAGAAGUUUGCCGUGGGAGACCAUAUAUACAGCGUGGAGAGGGCCGACAACUUUGAGUACAUCGACCCUGUGGACGGAACAGUGGCUCGAAACCAGGGUUUAAGGAUCGUCUUCACUGAUGCGUCCCGCCUCGUUUUUCGGAUGAGCGGGAGCGGUGGAGGGACGGGCGCCACCAUCCGCAUUUACGCAGAGAGCUUCGAGAGAGACCCCGAGAGACACAACAGAGAGACACAGGUGGUGCUGGGUCCUCUCAUCGCCAUCGCCCUGAAGAUCUCCAACGUCCACGAGAGGACAGGGCGCCGUGGCCCUAACGUCAUCACAUGAGCUCCCAGGAAAACACACAGUCACAUGCACGCGCACACACACACACACACACACACACACACACACACACACACACGCACACACACACACACACACACACAUGCAUCUAGCUGCUCACACAUAAAAAUAAAAAAAAACUUUUCCCAUACUCAUUUCCCUUAAAUCCCUUCUCGGUCACUUCAUGGUCAUUUAUUUUUCUUUGGUUCUUCAAAUGAUGACUAAACCGGGGGUCCUUAUCUUGUGUUGAAUAAUCAAUAACGUAGAAUAUUUAGUUUCCAAACCAUGCAGGCUAUUUAAUUAUUGCCAUGAAUAAAUAAUGCAAAAGACAGCAAACCUAUUAUGAAUGUGCAGACUGACUGUUAAUGUUUGUGGCUUGCAGUUAUAAAGAUUUAUUGACUAAGGGAACCUGAGAUAUUUUUUGUAUUCACCGUGCUGUUUUUGCUUGUACCUGCCCUCAUAUGUGUCAUUUCUUUAAGUAAUCAAACUUUUGUCCAAGUGUAAAAUAAAGCAGGCCUUGCAUCACAACUAAUAUAUCAGUGAAUUGACUUACAGUUAGUUUAUGUUUGAUAUGAAUGAAUGCACAUCUUGCUAUGAAUAGUGGGAAUUUGUCAGACUUAUUGUAUUACCAUGGGAGAGGUUUUUAAAAUGUAAAAUAACAAAAUAGCAAAUGAGGCCACAGGUAAUGAAAAAUAAAAUACAUAUUUUAGAUUUGUUUGCUAAUCUGGCUUUCGCUUUAGUUUGUCAUUUUAGGCCUUUGGG